AUGGACGCCCAACCCCCGACCAACCACGCCGUCGUCUUCUUCGACGGCUUCCAGGCCCUGGACGCCUUUGGUCCGCUCGACGUUUUAAACCUGCUCUCUCUCAAGGCCCAGCACAGGAUCUCACUUUCCGUCCUCCGCCCCCAGGAAGGCGCAGUGCCGACGCUCGCGCCGGGAUUGGGCCUGACCAUCGGCCAGUCGGUCCUGCCAACGCACUCGUUUGCCAAUGCUCCGCCCGAAAUCGAGGUCCUCCUGGUCCCAGGGGCGCUGGGAACGCGUGACACAAAGGCCACGCAGCCGGUCGUCGAUCUUGUCCGGAAAAUAUUCCCCAAGCUGCGCUUCCUGCUGACCGUGUGCACCGGGGCGGCGCUCGCAGCAAGGACGGGAGUCCUGAGCAGCAAGAGGGCCACGUCGAACAAGCUCGCCCUCGAAUGGGUCGUCUCACAGGAUCCCGGCAACGACGUGCGGUGGGUGCGACGCGCACGAUGGGUGCAGGACGGCAACGUGUGGACGGCGUCGGGCGUGUCGGCCGGCAUGGACAUGAUGUAUGCCUUUGUGGCCGCGCACUAUGGCGAAGACGUUGCUGCCAGUAUUGCGGCGACGGCUGAGUACACUCGCAAUACACACCCGACCAACGACCCGUUCUCGUUCUGA